AUGAGUCCUCCCUCUGUAUAUGGUCCUGCGAGCGCGACGCUCCCAAGCAGCUCCAGCUUGGAUGCGAACCCCCUCAUCAACUCGCCCGUUACGACCGUGCAGGACUUGGACAAUGAUGACAGCACUAUCAAGACCGUCGACGAGCUGGUGCGCCGACGGGCCCGGGCCCAUCCGGACCAGGUCAUUGUCUCGUACCCCUCAUCGGGCAUCACGUAUGUCAACUACACGAUGAGGCAGCUUGACGUCUUUGCGUACCGCGUCGCAAAGUUGUACGAGCAGCGCAUCCCGAGUCGGCUUAGCUCUGAUGAGAAGCCUACGACUGUGGCCGUCCUCGGCCCCUCCAACUUUGACUACCUCGUCACCAUGCUGGCCUUGACCAAGCUCGGCCACACAACACUGUUCCUGUCAACUAGAAUCUCACAAGAGGCCAUCGAGUCUUUAAUUGGCGUCACUGGCGCUCAGUACCUUCUUGCCGACAAGAGGUAUCUGGAGACGGCCGAGGCAGCCAAGCAGACCUUGCCGCAUCUCGAUGUCUUCGAGAUUGCCGGCCAGUCGACAUUCGAUUUCCCCAUCGAGUUGCAUGCUGAUACUCGUCUGGAUUAUGGACGUGACCUCUCGGUUGAGACCAACAACCUGAUCUACAUCAUCCACUCUAGUGGCUCAACUGGUCUGCCCAAGCCCAUCUACCAGACCCAAAAGUCUGCCAUCCACAAUUACUCCAGCAGCAUGAACAUGAAGGCCUUCAUCACCCUGCCUCUGUAUCACAACCAUGGCAUCUGCAACCUGUACCGGGCCAUCUAUUGCGGAAAGCCCAUUCACCUGUACAAUGCCGACCUCCCUUUGACGCGGGAGCAUCUCACCAACAUCAUGCGCAAGCACAACUUUGAAAUUUUCUACGGUGUACCGUAUGCACUGAAACUCCUUGCCGAGACCGACGACGGCAUGAGCCUGCUGCGCCAGCUUAAGAUCGUCAUGUACGGCGGCUCUGCCUGCCCCGAUGAUCUUGGCGACGCGCUGGUCAACAACGGGGUCAAUCUGGUUGGCCACUAUGGAGCGACCGAAGUGGGACAACUCAUGACAUCUUUCCGCCCGCCCAACGACAAGGCAUGGAACUACGUCCGCGAGCACGACAAGCUCUCGCCGUACCUGAAAUGGAUUCCCCGCGGGCCAAACUUGUUUGAGUGCUGCGUCCUGCCCGGCUGGCCUGCCAAGGUCGCAACCAACCAGGACGACGGAUCCUACUGCACCAAAGACCUCUUUGAGCCUCACCCGACAAUCCCCAAGGCGUGGAAGUACAUCGCCAGACUCGACGACACCAUUGCCCUCGUCAACGGUGAAAAGUUCAACCCCGUGCACAUGGAGGGCACAAUCCGCUCCAGCAAGAACGUCACCGAGUGCGUCAUCUUCGGUGUCGGGCGGCCGUCACUCGGUGCCCUUAUCGUUCCGGCCGCGACCCUAGCUGGUAAGACUGACGAGGAGAUCCUCGAGGUCGUGUGGCCUGUUGUUGAGAGCGCAAGCAAGUCUGUCGAAGCGUACGCUCGUAUUUCCAAGAACAUGAUCAAGCUGCUUCCGUACGACUGUGCCUACCCGCGGACUGACAAGGGCAGCGUCAUCCGCCAGGCUUUCUACAAGAGGUAUGCCAAGGAUAUUGACGAAGUCUACGACAAUGCCGAUGCCAACAGCGGUGACCUAAAGAGGCUGAGCAUUGCCGAGCUGAAGGACUUCAUCCGCGAGGGUCUCGUCCAGACGCUUGCCAAAAAGAUCCAGCUUGACGAUGAUACCGACUUCUUUUCUCUUGGUCUCGACUCUCUUCAGGCAAUCCAGAUGCGCUCCGACAUUCUGAAAACGGCUGACAUUGGCGACAACAAGCUUGGCCAGACAGUAGUCUUCGACUACCCGUCGAUCAACAAGCUGAGUGCGUACCUCUACAGUCUUGGCACUGGCGAGGGCGUUCAGGCCGAGAUUCCUAUCGAGAGCGAAAUGAGUGCGCUCAUUGAGAAGUAUGGCGACUUUUCCCCCGCCGAGUCAGCCCCCAGAUCAUCCAUCGCCGUCACCGGUGCAACUGGCUCGCUUGGUGCCCACAUCGUCACCAAGCUCGCCGCCAACCCUACCAUCAAGACCAUCUACUGCUUCACCCGCGCCAGCUCCGACGGUGACGCAGCCCGUCGCGUCAAGAGCUCGCUUAUCCAGCGCCGCCUUUACCACGCGCUGCCCGCCUCCUCGCGCAGGAAGCUCGUUGCACUAGCCACCGACCUGGCCGAUCCCAAACUUGGCCUCUCUGACGAGACUUACAGCCAAGUCAAACAGAAUCUCCGUCUCGUUAUCCACGCCGCGUGGUCGGUCAACUUCAACAUGCACCUCUCGAGUUUCGAAAAGAGCAACAUCGCAGGCGUCAACCACCUCAUCGCUCUCUGCAAGGACGCCGGCAACGACGGGACAGGAGUUUCUGGGCCCGCGUCGUUCAACUUCUGCUCAUCCGUCAGCGCCGUUGCCCGCGCCACCACUCUCCCUGUCCCUGAGGCCGCUCCCGAACUGGAUUGGGCGCAGGGCAUGGGCUACGCCCAGUCCAAGGUCGUUGCUGAGCAUCUCUGCACGCGCGCUACAAAGGCUGGCAUCAGGUCCCGCGUCUUGCGUAUCGGCCAGAUUAUCGCCGACACCCAGCACGGCGUCUGGAACGUGACGGAGGGUAUUCCGUUGAUGCUUCAGACAGCCAUCACCGUCGGGGCUCUCCCCAAGCUCCAAGAAGCCCCCUCGUGGCUGCCAGUCGACACUGUCGCCCAGGGUGUCGUAGACAUUUCCCUCUCUGACGCCGAUGGCGUCUUUGCCAACGUUGCAAACCCCAAGAUGUUCAGCUGGACCAAUGAUCUUCUCCCCGCCCUCAAGACUGCCGGUCUGGACUUUGAAGAAGUUGAGCCAAAGGAGUGGAUACGCCGUCUUCGUGCUUCUAACCCGGACCCAACUGCCAACCCGCCCAUCAAGCUUGUCGAUUUCUUUGCAUCCAAGUACGACAGGGACGAGUUCGCACCGUCAAAGACCUACGCGACUGAUAACGCCUGCUCGCUCUCGCCGGCGCUUGCCCAAGCACCUGUGCUAGACCAGCAGCUGGUUAACAACUUUGUCAGAUACUUCAAAGCCAACCACUGGGUCAACCAGAUCCAGAGCGCCACCAAGACGGUGGUCAUGGUCGCCGGCCCCUGCGGUAGCGGGAAGUCGACGCUCGCUACGUCUCUGGCAUCUUGGCUCAAGGCCCCCUUCAUCGAGGGUGACUCGCUACACUCGAGGAACUCUAUUGAGAAGAUGGGAGGUAACGUUGCUUUGACAGACGAGGACCGCUCACAAUGGCUGAACCGUAUCGGUCAACGAGCGAUUGAGGCGCUUGAGGACCUCGGCUACGACUCGGCUAUUGUCAGCUGCUCUGCUUUGAGGAAGUCAUACCGCGACACACUGAGAGGCAUCAUUGAGAAGCGGGACGGCGUGAGGAUUGUUUUCCUUGACCUUCAGUGCAAUCCAGACACACUGGUCCAGCGCAUUAACGAGAGGAAGGAUCACUACAUGUUGGCAAGCAUGGUCGAGGGACAGGUUGAGGUAUACGAGGCUGCUGGUGUUGGCGAGUUGGAUGUUCUACCCGUUGAGGCUGAGGGGACGCCGGAAGAGGUCUUUGAGGAGGCUAGGUGGCUGCUUGGACAGAUCGGAGUAAAUUAA